GGAGACGCCUUCUAAAGUACUGUAGCUCGUUGUCUGCGCCUAAAUGUCUGGUUACAUUGACGUUAACGUUACAGUCAGGUCAGAACAACGUUUGUGACACAUACGUAGCGAGCCAGCUAGCAAGCUAACGCUGCACUUCGGGGGCAGCUAGCUAAAGAGAUUCAUGGGAACCCAAGAGGAGAGAGAUUGGGUGGACGUGGCCAAUGAUCUUCUCAGCAAGUGUCAUAUUAACCUGAGGCUGAAGAAGGUGACAGACUGUGACGCCAAUGUCUUUGUUGCUUUGUAUGAAGCGAUCUUGGGGGAAAAGGUUCCAGAUUAUAUUGCUGCCCCGAGGAGUCAGGAGGAUGACGUCCACAAUGUGCAGUCGGUGAUUGACUCCCUAGCUCUGGAUUACCUGCAAAUCAGCUUGUCUCACAUUACAGGUGAGAACAUUGUAACGGGAGACAAGGACUCCAUUAAAAACCUGAUUGAGAUUUUUGAUGGGCUGCUGGAGUACCUCACCGAGCAAAUAAGUGAGGAGGAGUCGACGCAUGGAGCGGCGGCAGAGCCGAACGGCGCGGCCUUCAGGGGAGCGCCCCACAGCGCAGCCGCGGGGACCGAGCAGCCAGGGGAGCAGGACGAGGGCACUUUGCGGGACAACCUAUCCCACUGCUCCAGCCUGCAAUCUACCGUCCAAUCUAGCAAACAUUCCCUCCCUUCCUGGAGUGCAGACGGGUCAGAGUCAACCUCAGAGCUCAUUCGCUUAGGAGAUUCUGCCCGGACAUUUACAGCCAAACACAGAGUUAGCAGGAGUAGUAGUGACCAGUCAAAUGGGCCGUGCAGUGCAGAGCGGGCCGGUGGGAUCCACCGGACUGAUAUUUCCAGUUCUCGGCCGGGACUGGCGGCAUCACACAGCAGAGAGGAGGUGGAUGCAGCCCUCCUGCCUCCAGGACCUGACCCGCUGGAUCUCCCAAGCACCAGUGCGACUCUCCUGAGAGAGCCGCUCCGCUCCGCCAUCCCGCUUCUGCCCCCCUACCAGACCACCCCGCAGCGGCCGGACAGACGGCCUCAUUCCGGCAGCCAUUCCCCUGCCAGCGUGCCCAGCCACAGGGGGGAGGAUGAGGAUCGGGCUCCGCCCAUCAUCGCUGCUGUACGUUCUAACAGCCAGUCCCCCAGGCCACUGUCUGACACCAUUCCCGUUAAUGGCCUGCAAUCUCCAUGCCGCUUCCUGGAUGAGAAUGAGGGGUCAGCAUCCAGUCAGAAGGCGGUCAGUGUGGACGUGGACGGGGAUCAGGCAGAGCCUUCCAGCGCUGGAGCCAGGAGGGUGCUGUUCCGCACCGAGCCCGACGUCCUCUUCCUCACCCUGCAGAGCCGGAGCAGAGAGGGCAGCGAGGAGGACUACGGUCGCAGCGGCUCCUCCAGGAAACCGGAGCACAGGGCUCACAGACAGCGGACAGGGCCCAGAGGGGGCAGCUUGCUGGGCGAGGACCUGCACAACGCGCCCCUGUCCUGGCACAGACAGAGGAACAGACAGACGGAGGAGGAGCUGCACCAUAUGUCCGAAAAACUAACCCGCCGGCUAGAGGAGCUCGACUCCAUGCUGAAGCGGGCCCUGGGGGAGGGAGCCGAGACGACGGACACCAAGGAGGAGGAUAAACAGUCUCACCACAGCGACAGCGUCAUGGAGUGUCGCCGGACCAAGAGACAGACCGGUACGCCGCACACCUCGAAAUCCUCCCGCACGCGCUCCCUGUCCCCCUCGCCCCCGCCCCCUCGCCGCUCCCCGCAGGCCAAAGCGGAGGACGCGCUGGCGCGGGGCUCCCAGCACCACAGGUCCAGCACACGCAGACGCGAGCUGCACGAGCUGGAGAGCCGCCGCCGACUGGGCCAGAUGGUAGGCAAAUCCUAUGAGGAGGAGCUGAAGAGGCUUGAGGAGAGAGAGCGUGCAGAGAUCGCCAGGGAGCGAGAGAGAGCCCAGAACACGGAGAGGGAGUACAGAGAGGCCAUCCGGAAAGAGGCCGGCCCCCGCACAGCGAAACCGUCCCGAGUCUUCAGCCCCAAAACGCCAACCCAGCAGCGGCCUCCCAGGACACGGCACCUGACCCCUAGCAGGGCACGGCCACCUCCCCGAAAGCCCGCUCCAAUGAAAGUAAAGGAGAAUGACUUCCUGCCCCUGCUGCUGGAGGAGUUCCCCCACCUGCAGCUCUCGCCUCACACUCUCUCUCGCAUGUGGAAGCAGCAGCUCAAGCAGGUGGACUAUCUGGGAAACAACCAGCACAGUCGCCACAAACUGGCCAACCAGGUGGAGGAGGCGCAGAGGCGACACGACCUCCUGGCGGAAAUCAUCCGAAAAGAGCACGAGCACAACCAUCGGCUGAGGGACUUCAAGGAGCGGAUCCAGCAGCAGAAGUCGGCCCAGAACAAGCUGAAGGAGCAGAGGCGGCAGAUCGCCCGGGCCAAGAAGUACUACAGCGACUACCACGUGCAGAUGCGGGCGCGCAUGAUGAGGGCCCGCACUCGAGAGGAGAGGAUGCUGAAACAGGUAUUUGAGGAGGGCCUGGAGCUGCAGAAGGCUCGUCUGAGGGAGGAGCGGGCGUACGCCAAGGAGAAACGCCAGGAGCACCAGCGCCGACACCGGGACGAGCUGGAGUCCAUGGAGAACUACUACAAGAACCAGUUCUCAUUGUUGGCUGAAACUCUUGCCCAAGAAAGACAAGAAAUCCAAAUACGAAAGAAGGCCCAGGAAAAGGCCCUUCAGAAGAUGAAGAGGGAGCUGCGCAGCAAGAUGGAGAGAGAGAUCGGUGAGUUACAGAAAAUCAUUAUUCAGAACGAUGACGACGACUACUUCUGGGACCUGGAGGUUGAGAGGCUACGAGGCAAAGUGCAAAUGGCUUCAUUCCAGCACAGCAACAGCCACCUGCCCUGAAGUGCUUGGCUAACGGCAUACAGCCAUCCACACAAUUCCGCUGCUAGACUUCCACGUGACUGACUUAUAUGGUUCCGAAACCUUUUAGAUCGAAUCCUUCUGUUGUGCACUUCUGUAGUGUGAAUUUAUUUUGUGACAAAGCAAAGACCGUGACCAUGAAGGCUGUUUCUCUUAAUGUACUGGGACCAUCAAGCACCAAGGAUUCAACACUAAUAAUGAGGAUGUUUUCAUGGUGGAUUUGCAACUUUGUUUUUUUUUUACUCUCAAAUUUUCUUAACUACAUGCUGGACUUUCUCUUCCUAACGUCUUAAACACUGUUAAAUGAUUGCUGCAAGCAAAACUCGGUUUUACAUUAUUUAUUAAAUCUCGAUUCAGGUUUUUGGUUAUUAAAACUAAUCCAUUGUGUUGUGCAUUUUGAUCACUAGGGGGAGCCAACAAACCGAAAUCUGUAACUGCUCGUGUCUUACAUUCAGUGAAGAUUAAUUUAGGACCGCAGUGACGUCCGAUGAGCAUGUUUUUGGGCCAGACCGCUACCUUGACAGGAGCGUGAUGCUUAUAUUGACAUACUAUACUGUCCUCAAUCAUUGCAUGAAACAUUCCAAUACUUGAAUUAUAGAAUCCCCAAGCCAUUUUCUAACCUACUUAUGAAAUCCAUCCACUGACUUCUCCCUGAAGGACCCCCCUCCUCCCCCCUUUUUGUACAAAUGUUGAAAUAAGACCUGCAACACAAUGUUAUAUUAAACAUUAUGCUGUGAGGUGCAAACAGCAUAGAGUUUAUUGCUCAUCAUCUGCAUGGGUACAAGAAUUUUUUUUUUUUUUCCAAAUGUUUUUUCUUUUUUCAUACAGGUGUCAUUAAGCUCACAGAACAGCUGGUGUGAAUGCUAAACACACACUGUAAUAAAUACAAGCAGAAUGGAAAUGAGGAAAAAAAAGGUGGAGCAAAUUCAAGACGGCAGAGAAUUUAAUCAGAACCAAUUGCACACACAACAAAAUACAAAAAAAAAAAAAUGAUAGUGUAUUACGUACAUCAAAUUGCACCAGUCAGCUAUAGAGAGAUAUAGUUCUGCUAGUGGAACAUGCUACAUGAAGCAACAGGCUGUAUAUCCAAACUGACUUGAUACAAGAGCAACUCUCCUCGCAUUCAAAGGCGUGUCUUCGUGAGAACAGAGCAGGAAUAAUGCACAGUAAUGUAGUGUGAGUAACUGGAAGAGGCAGAGCAGAGGACAGUGUGAGCACUGGACGUAAAGGGGAGAUCACUAUAUAGAAGUCAAUCAGUCCAUAAACUAGCUAUUUGGUAAAUAGAUGGAAGUUGCCAGUUUUGAACAACUUAAGUCUGUACGUGUGCAAACUAUUUUUUUUUCUUUUUUAUUUAAGUUAAAAGAUAAAUUAAAGGUUCUGUGAUCCGCAUAUGAACAAUAUCCUAUACUGUACAAAGCACCAUCUCAGGAUACUUAAUUGUCUUUAUCCAGAGGCUAAAUAUUUUAAAUUUUGCAUACACACUAAAAAAAAAAAAAAAAGAAAUAAAAAAAAAUAAUUUUGUGUGUAUGCAAACUUUAAGAACAGUCCAUGGUCAUAAUAGAUUGCUAUUGACAGGCAGCAUUAAACAUUCAAAAGAAUUUAUGAAUCAACACAUGAGUUUACAGGGGGAGAAAGCUGAAAAUAAAUAUUAAAAGUCCAUACUUGCAGAGCUGUGUUGGGGGGGAGGGGGGGAUGCAAAAGGUUUAUGCCAUUAAAUCUCGACCUCAGUCCCCCAGAUCGAAGGGCUUGUGGAUCUCAACGCGAGAGACGAGCUCGCACCUCUGCUGAAUGUCUUAUGGGAGAGGGUCACAGGUUAGACUUGAGAAUGGCAGUUCCUCAGUAUGUUUGAGACAUGCUUCCAUGAAAGGAAUAUACAUUUGUCUGGUCGCACUGUCAGCUUUACAAAAACGAAACGCAAAAAAAAAAAAAAAAGAUACAUCACCUGAGAAUGUGAAUGUGUGAGGUCUGUGAUAUACUGGUAUGUUAAAGGACAGGAAAGACAAGCCAUAUACAAAAUAUAUAUAUUUUUAUAUAUAUUUAUAUAUUUAUAUAUAUACUCGAAAAGUACAGGUAUAUAUAUUUCCAAUGCAUUAUGGUUUGAGUAUAAUGUUGUAUUAUGUUUUAUGGCAUUUGAAACAAAUAUGACAUAAGCACCUCCCGCCCCCAACAAGUUUGUAAAGUGCUCAGGAGCUGCAAGGAGAAUUCCUGCCUUCGUAAGUGGAUGUCAGUUUUAAAACACAGAAAUCUUCCUUGAAUUGCACUUCCUAUGGGAAAGAAGGCAUCUCGGGGGUGGAACAUGCGUUCACUCCGCCCCUGCUGAAUGGAUGUGCACCUUCAGGUUAACAGGAGUGGUUAUGCAGCGUACUGCUGGACUGAUGCACUCUACACACUUCCUCUUUACAGGGGCUCAGAAGUCUGAGAGACACAAAAAUGACACCACACCGAUAUGCAAACGCACACGACGACGAUGGAUGGCGUUAACCGCCCGGUGAAGCUAGCGGCCUAUGGCACGCGGAGGGCAAACAAGAGGAAGAUAUCUGUGUUUUCAAGACACUGCGCUUCAUACCUGCCUCUCAACUUCCUGUUGGAGAGUGGCUUUCAAAAGGUUUUUCAGGUUCAUCCAUCAGGAAUCCAUGAACUUCAUUCAAGCUUAACUCUUUCACAAAUAAGUCUAUAAUUUAAACAUUAAUACUUUGAGCAUUUAAAAAAAAAAAGGAAUUUCUAAGAUGCGGUUUAGAAUUCUGGAAU